AUGGCUUACAAGCCAGACGACACCGAUAUUCCAGCCCUCCUCAAGGAGCUCGACCGAUUAGCGAAUAACACCACUGAUCGCCUGAGCGCUGCCGUCAACGAUGUCGACAAGAUAAUAGACAUCCUGACCCAGGCCCGAGAGCAGAUUGCUCAAUCUCCCGACCCCCAUACCGCAAGCCUUACGCUCGCCAGGUUACAAAAUCCAGUAUCUAAGGGAUUCGAGGCCAUCGAUCAGGAUUUGAGGAAGGUCGACAAGGUCAGAAAACACUAUGGCAAGGUCCUCGACAAGAACUUCCCCCCAAGGCCACUGCCCACCGACGACGACGCCAUGGCAAAACACCCGGAGCUGAUCAACCGUGCUAUUGCUAUGCACCUGCUGCGGGAGGGGCAGUUCAACGUUGCAUCGACGUUCAUACAAGAGACGCAAGCACUGGACCAGUUCCAAGAGCAAGAGCCAAUACACGAGGAGAGCGCACCAGGGCCAUCGAAUCCGGCGCGACGGCAUGAUCGAUCAUCACAUCCCAACGAUGACACCGACAUGGACGCUGAUCACUCUGAAGAUGAAGAGGAAGGGGAAGACGACGACACCAUCCCAAAUCAGGACUCACGGGGCGCAGCAGAGGCAGGGUACGACGGCGGAGACGAUGAGCCCAUGUCCGAAGUACGCUCGCUCCAGUCUAGUGAGCUGCAGGAGAAGUUCGCAACAAUGUACCAAAUCCUCAAGGAACUCCGGAACCACAACCUUCUGCCCGCCAUCUCCUGGGCACACGAGAACAGCAACGAGCUGGACGCCCGCGGCUCGGACCUCGAGUUCGAGCUGUGCAAACGGCAGUACAUCUACCUCAUCCAGCAGAGCGGCAGCGGCGACGAGGAAGAGGGACCCGCGGUAGCCAUGGAGUACGCGCAGGCCAACUUCCCGCGCUUCGCAGACCGGCACGCCAAGGAGAUCGCCCAGCUCGCGUCGGCGUUGGUGUACCAGCCGAACCUGGCGGACUCGCCGUACGCGCACCUGUUCGCAGGGGCCGGCGGCGACGGCUUCGACGAGAUAGCGAGCUCUUUCACGCGCGAGUUCUGCUCGCUGCUGGGGCUGAGUGCCGAGAGUCCCCUGUACGUGGCGGCGACGGCCGGGGCCAUCAGCCUGCCGCGGCUGAUGAUGUUCGUCGGGGUCAUGACGCAGGCGCGGGCGUCGUGGACGACAGCAUCCGAGCUGGCCUUCGACACGCCGCUGCCGCGGUCUAUGAUCUACCACUCCAUCUUCGUGUGCCCCGUCUCCAAGGAGCAGACCACCGACCGCAACCCGCCCAUGAUGCUCCCCUGCGGGCACGUCCUGGCAAAGGACUCGCUCAAGAACCUGGUCAAGAGCCACCAGCGAUACAAGUGCCCGUACUGCCCCGUCGAGGGCCUCCUCCGCGACGCUAGGCAGAUCAUCCUCUAG